AUGGCCGGGUCGGGGUUUCGGGGCCACGCCAUCGGACCUCUCCUGCUCCUGCUGCUGCUCCUGCCCCAGGCCCUGGGGGAAGGACCCCUGGUGUUCGUGGCUGUGGUGUUCCGCCAUGGUGACCGGGCCCCGCUGGUCUCCUACCCCACCGACCCGCACAAGGAGGCCGUGUCCACCCUGUGGCCGCGAGGCCUGGGCCAGCUGACCUCGGAGGGGGUCCGCCAGCAGCUGGAGCUGGGCCGCUUCCUGAGGAGUCGCUAUGAGGCCUUUCUGAGCCCCGAGUACCGGCGGGAGGAGGUGUAUGUCCGCAGCACAGACUUUGACCGGACACUGGAGAGCGCUCAGGCCAACCUCGCGGGGCUGUUCCCCGAGGCCGGCCCGGGGCGCCCUGAGGCCGCCUGGAGGCCCAUCCCUGUGCACACGGUGCCGGUCACUGAGGACAAGCUGCUGAGGUUCCCCACGCGCAGUUGUCCCCGAUACCACGAGCUGCUGCGGGAGGCUACGGAGGCUCCAGAGUACCAGACGGCGCUGGAGGGCUGGACGGACUUCCUGGCUCACCUGGAGAACUGCACGGGGCUGUCCCUGGUUGGGGAGCCGCUCCGCAGGGCGUGGAAGGUUCUGGACACACUGAUGUGCCAGCGAGCCCACGGUCUCCCCCUCCCGUCCUGGGCCUCCCCGGAUGUCCUGCAGACACUAGCCCAGAUCUCGGCUUUGGACAUUGGGGCCCACGUGGGCCCACCCCGGGCAGCAGAGAAGGCCCAGCUGACAGGGGGGAUCCUGCUGGACGCCAUCCUUGCUAACUUCUCUCGGGUCCAGCGCCUGGGGCUGCCCCUCAAGAUGGUGAUGUACUCGGCUCACGACAGCACCCUGCUGGCCCUCCAGGGGGCCCUGGGCCUCUACGACGGACACACCCCGCCCUACGCUGCCUGCCUGGGCUUCGAGUUCCGGAGCCUGGGGGACCUCGAUGACAAUGACGAUGAAGAUGCAGGGAACGUCACCAUCUCCCUCUUCUACCGCAACGACUCCACCGGCCUGCCCCUGAGCCUCAGCCUCCCUGGAUGCCCAGCCCCCUGCCCACUAGGCCGCUUCCGCCAGCUGACCGCCCCGGCCCGGCCUCCAGCUCACGGGGUCCCCUGCCAUGGCACCCAUGAGCCUACCACUCCCACGGCCACCGUCGUGCCCCUGUUGUCUGGGGCUGUGGCCAUGCUGGCGGCGCUCUGCAUAGGGCUGGGCUUGCUGGCCUGGAGACCCGGCUGCCUGCGGGCCUGGGGAGAUCCUGUGUGAGCCGAGAAACUGGGCACCCCUUCCCCACUGCUGACCCUGGACCCCAACAUGUGUGCUCACCUGCUGUACCAGCUUCCGUGACUUACUGUGUGCGCCUGUGCGUGGGGAGGGAGGUGGGGGAGAAACGGACACACAGGGCUCCCAGGCCUGGAAGUCACAAGUGGUUGUGUGCACAUGCGUACAUGGCUUGUGCACACAUGUAGUUCAUGUGUAGAUAUUUGAACAUUUUGCAUGUGAUGGCACAUAUCUGCAUGUUUGACAGGCUCCUAUGCACACGUGCAAUCUGUAUUGGUGUGUGUAGGUGCCUCUAGGGGCGUACUGAUGCAUUUCUCUAUAUGCAUGAUGGCAUGUGGUGGUUAUGUCGGGAUGGUAUUAGUAGGUACGGCACAUGUGGUGUGAGAAACAAGGCUGAGCUUUCUUAGACUCGAUACCCAGGGGACAAGUGGCCCCUCCAGCCCUCUAAGCUCCUGGGGUGGGGUCAGGCCUGUCUUGGUAUCUGGAGAGCUAAGCCCAGCCCCAAGGCUGCUCAGUACCAAGCCUGAGGCUGUGUGACUCGGGAAACCACUGGCCUCUGUGCUCCCAUCUCAGGGCGAGUCAAGACUCAGACGGUAGCACCUCUGAAAUUAACC